CAUCUUAAUUUGGUAACAUGAUGUCUGCGACCUUAAAUGACGAAUUAUUGACGUCGUAUUAAUGUCACCUUGCUACCAGGGUUAUUAAUAGAAAAUAUUGAUGAGACUGAAUCAAGUGACAGCAAUUCAGAUGUAGAAAUUUUAAGAGAAUUAAUUGUGCGAUCUCGGGUGCCAAGAAUAAAAUGUAAAAAUUAUGUGGAAGAUAUUGUCUCAUCAUACUCAGAUGUAGAUUUUAAAAUGCAUUUUUGGUAAGUUUUUGUUAAACAUAAAUAUAAAAACUUAAUUAAACAUUAAUAUAAAAUUAACAUUGCAUAAAAUUAGUAACACACCAAAGUGUAAAGAAAGAAAUUAAUGUUUUAAAAAAACAAUUUUGUUUUAAAAUUUUAUUUUAUUAUUGUACUUUGUUCAGUGAUUUUUAUAAAUAAAUUUAUAUCUAAGUUGAUUCAAUGUACAUAUUAAACUCUAAAUAUUAAAUAGCUCCAUAAAAUAAAGAUAAAUUAUUUAUUAUUAUCAAAGAAAAAUUCUAAUCAACUCAACUGGCUAAAUUGAUUUAUUUAAAUAAAUUUAGCCAGUUGGAUCGAUUGAAAUUUACCUUUCUUGUUUAUAUACUGGUGAAAAGAAAUAUUUUAUCUGUGAUUUAAUUAUUAUUAUUAUAUACAAGAUGAAACGUACUACAUUUAUAUUUUUGUUGGAAUUAUUAACUCCGCACCUAAGUAAACAGUCAGACAAUUUUGGACGUCACUCAAUAUCUCCAGAGAAACAAUUGCUAUUAAGUAUUUGGAUUAUGGCAACGCCUAAUUCAUAUAGAUGUGUAAAUGAUAGAUUUGGCGUUGGAAGGGCAACAGCUUGGAGAAGCAUACAAAAAGUUAUCUCCGCUUUGUAUUAUUAUUUGCAUACAUUCAUAAAAUGGCCAUCAAUUGAAGAAGCAAGAGCUACUUGGACAUUUAUUAAAAAUAAAUAUGGAUUUCCAAAGGUGAUAGAUGCAAUUGACGGCACUCACAUCCCAAUUGCAGCUCCAAAAAAUAAUUCAGAGUGCUACAUAAAUAGGAAAGGAUACCAUUCAAUACAGUUACAGGUUAUAUGUGAUUCUAAUUUAAAAUUUCUACAUUGUUAUGCUGGACAAGUUGGUUCCGUUCAUGAUAUGAGAGUCUUCCGGCUGUCACGUUUACAAACCAUGUUCACAGAAGACAAUUUUCCCGAGAAUAGUCUUUAUUGGGAGAUGCUGCAUAUGGAAUCCAAAAAUAUAUAAUGGUUCCUUUCCGAGAUAACGGACACUUAACGGAAACUGAAACACAAUACAAUCGAAUACAUUCUUCUGCACGUAUGAUGAUAGAAAGGGUUAUUCACUGGGGUUAUUAAAAGGGCGAUUUA